AUGACGAUAAUUUUUGCAAUUGGUGAUGACGACGAAGCUAUCGUGACAACGUCCAAAGCUUUUGUAUGCGAGGGCGAAAAUGCAAUCUUACGAACACAAUCAGAAUUAAAAGCUUUGAUGGAAAACUUGGCGGAUGCGAACGUUCGUAGCGGCGACGAUAACUCGACGACGGCAGAUCGGGCCCUCGUAGAACGGGCUAACGAUGUGGCGAGUAAAAUCACCGACUGCGAAGCGAAGAAAAGCGUCUCGAGCCCCCAAAUAACGAUCAGGAGCAAAGAUGGAAAAGGCUGCGCGGGCGAAUCGGCGGAAGCGAGACUGUCGAAGAGCGGGAGCAACAACGCGGACAUCUGUCGAAUCUGUCACAUGGGUCACCAGCCCGGGACGAGUACGUCGUCGUCGUCGUCGAUGCUGUCGAGCUGCGUCGAGGCCAGAUCCUCGUCCUCCGCGAACCUCGACUUGGGCCACUUGGUGUCGGCUUGCAGAUGCCGCGGCACAGUCGGCCUGGUACACACGAAAUGCCUCGAGCGUUGGCUGACCGAGUCCGGGCAUCAGCACUGCGAGCUCUGCGGCUACCGCUACGCCACCGUCCGGGUGCCCAAGCACGGCCUGCUCAGGAGCAUGAUCGGCUGGCUCAAGACGUUCGUCGCCACGCGCCAAAUGCUGCUGGACUCGCUUUACCUGCUGGUGUCGACUCCGCUGGCCGGCUUCUCCGCCUACGUCUGCAUCGUCACCCUCAAAAUGAUAAUGGAGAAUCGAAUCGGCGACGUGCCUUGGACCGUCAUCGCCAUGCUGCCGACUUGUUCGCUCACGCUCUUUGCCUACUGGGGCUGGCUCACCACCCUGCACAGGAUGCACGGCAGACGCUGGCGACAGUACUGGGAGAGUAAUUUCGUCGUGCAAUUGCUCACCGACAUACCCGUGAGGCUCGACAGCGAGGACAACGAGUUCGACCUGGCCAACGACCAACUGCUCUUCGAAGUGCUCUAA